GGCUCUCCUUGUAAUUCGCGCGAUCACUGCGCCAUCUACAGAAAUAAAAUAAAUAAAUUUGGUAACACCGGAUACCACUUCUGGUUCACGCUCCGUUCGAUUAACAUCUAGCAGUACCAGACACAUUACAAUGGCAGACCUCAGUGCAAAGGACGUCGAAAAGGCAGAAUUUGCCUUUUCCAUUUACGAUGCCGAUGGCUCGAUGACUCUCGAUGCCGUCAACCUUGGUGACGUACUUCGGGCCCUCAACCUGAAUCCUACAAACGCCAGCAUAGAGAAACUUGGAGGAACGAAAAAGAAGGGCGAGAAGAUGCUGAAGCUCGACGAAUUCUUGCCGAUCUACAGCCAGUGCAAAAAGGACAAGGAUCAGGGAUGCUACGAAGAUUUUCUCGAAUGUUUGAAGCUAUACGAUAAACAGGAAAAUGGAACUAUGAUGGCUGCUGAACUUUCACACACACUGCUUGCGCUCGGUGAGAAAUUAACGGACGCGGAAGUAGAAGAGGUACUGAAGGAUUGUAUGGACCCAGAAGAUGACGAAGGUUUCAUCCCCUAUGACCCAUUCUUGAAGAAGAUGAUGGUGCUAUUGUAAACAAACCGGAUGUCAGUAUCACAAAUUUCGCCUUUCCGUUCCUUCGUAGAUUGUGCGAGAAAGACAGCGAAUGAAGUGGCAACGCGGCAACCAUUAUGCGGUAUCCAUCCAUCGGUGAACUUCGCGUCAACGAGGAACAUGUUCAUUCUUCAUACUUAUCGUCUUACUCAUCCCCUGUUAAAAAAUCUUCUGGCGCUUAGGCGCUCCACGCUUCUCGUAAUUCUGCACAGAACGGCGAAAUACAAUUCGAAUCAACCUUAUCGUUAUUAGGAUCUUUUGUAAAAAAUGAAAAGAAAGAACAGGAUAAAAUAAAAGCUUUUAAUAUGAAAUAAAUUCAUCAAAGGGAAAGAUGACAUGAAAUACCAAUCACAUGUGUUUGAUUUGGUUGAAUGUAACGUUGUAUAAGGUAUAUGUAUUUAUAAUAAGAACGAUGUAUAAUAAUCUUAAUAUAUGCAUACUAACGCUGAAACAAACCGAACGAAGAGAUCGGUGUUAUUUUACUUCUUAUCGUAUUAAUUUAAUAAACUAUGCCCUUCGUAGAACGAGGAGCGCCAAAAGUUUCACGCCGUUGACAGUCUUCCAGGGAAGUUUGAAAAGUAUUUGCCGAUUUGUACAUCUACGUUAUAUUUUCACAUGUUCGGAUGAUAUAAUUAUAAUGUAAAUAAAAUCAUAAAAACAUGUUUUGUACAAAUCCAAAA